AUGGCUUAUUCGGAUUCAAUGUUUUUGUUUGAGUUGGCAGUCGAGGAGCUGAAGAGCUUUGCUGAAUGUAAAAAUUAUCGCAUACUAGCAAAAUUCUGUCAUGUCUUCUCGCUUAGACUUAGAGAUCCAAAUGAAGCUAUCGCGGACACCCUGCGCAUGAGUAAGAAAGCGAAAAGAAAACUUAAACUUAGACAAGGGAAUUUGACGCCUCCAAAAAUAACCCUACCGUCAGGCCAGACAGUGCUAAUUGCAAGUGAUAUUGAAUCGCUAGUUACCAACAUGAUGAAAUACCCUCUUGAGUUACGUCUCUAUGGCAAGGAAGAUCGUUACACUUUAGGUCUAGCAGAAAUACCAUGGAGUUCAGUCCAUUUCGACUACCUGAAUAAUCUUGAGAGUACUGGAGGCCAACCGCCGGCAAUAAUAAGAGAAAAAUACAAAGUCUAUGAUGAGUACACAUCAAAACGUAUUGCUGUUGUAAAACUAAAAAUACAACUUACUUUGUUGAAAGAAAAUAUCCCCAUUCCAAUUAAAAAUAAUGACGAAUGUAAAGAGUCAACAACGCACACCUCGCCGCAAUCGGUAUCCCGCGAAAGUGAAUACAAUCCGGUCGUAGAAACUGGUAACAUUAAGACCUACUAUAAAGGUAAACAACGAAAACCACAGAGUAUCGAUGAAACAUUAUUAAAACUGAAAGAUAGUGUCGUUGACUGCAUAGCUGAAAAAGAAGAAAUUAUUUUUAUUUCGAACCCGUCGUCUGAACCUCAUAUCGGUGAACAGGUAUAUGAGCCAGAAGCUACUAUCCAGAAUAAAGAUGAUAAUAUCGAGAAUAUCGACAUUAAAUCUUUGUAUGCUGAUACUGUUAUCCAUAAAGAAUCCUCUGUCAACGUUUUGAUGAAUGUUGAAAAAACUAAUGAUAUUUUCGUAACUGAACACAAUGAUACCAAUUUAGCGAGCUUUGUCCGUAGUCAAACUGAAUUAGAUAAUAACAGGUUAUUUGCCGUGACGAAGCAUUGGUCCAGUACAUCUUUAGAAAUUAAACAGCGUUUAGAUACUUUAAAUUACAUAUUUGGAAAUCUUGAUGGUCCCUUUGGAAAUAAAGUGUACUGCGUUGGAUACUUUACAGUAGAGAACGAAAUGGGUUCUGAUAAUACAGGUGCAACUACUCCAACUCCUAAUACUACAUCUAACAAUCAAACUUCUACUAAAGAAAGCGGAUUGCCUGGAAGUGGCAAGUAUAGUUUUAAAAUUUGCGGUAGUCAAUGCAAAUUGGGUAACACUAAUCCCUGUUUCGAAAACAUAUGCUCAUUGGAUUUGCCAGAAGAAGCCGCUCACUUAAUCAAUGUAAGAAAGUGUACAAGAAUGAUCGAAUGCGAGCAUAAGAAAGAACGAGGAACUCUGUCUUCGUCUGAUGAACCCAUCCUCAUUGACUUGUCGCACCGCAAAAUAAAGGAUUGUUGUGAAAAUGUGGAACAGGUGAUUGGUGGGAUGCAAGCAGAAAUGAAAGUUGGCGAUGACCCUUGUUUUUGUACAUGUUCUUGUACAUUCGGAUUCAUUAAAAAGACCACAUAUUGCGAUAUCUGCGGAGGGUACGAACUAGUGGGACAAGAAGUAAAGUCAAUGAGACAGGGGCCACCAUUCCCAUGUCCUUAUUACCAUAAUCUGGUUGACAAAAGCAAGAAGCCAAUAACUGCAGAAACUAAAAGGAAAACCUUGGUUGGUGGUACUAUUGCUAGUGCCGGCCAUUCUGACAAACGAGCAUCGGUAGCAACCAAAAGGAGCAUUGAAUCCGUAAAGGAAACAAAAAAGGGAAAAAAGAAAAAAAAGGAUGAUAGAUUCAAAUUCAACUAUGGUUACAAAGGUAUACCGCCUCAAAUUGGGCACAGUCAAUGUGCAAUGCCGUGUACCGGCACUUUAUAUCCAGUUCCCAAACACAUGGGCUGGUUGUGGACUGCAGAUAACAUUCCAGGAUUGAAGACACGUCCGAAUUGGCGACCAGGUGCUGCUAAUAAGCACGUAGUUCGCAUGUUGAAGAUAGCUAGAUAUCCUGAGGAAGCGAUAGCUAAGAGACGAAGGAGGGAUACCGGCAAGAAGAAGCGGCCUCUCAAACGACCUCUGCUCAUUGUGCAAAAGAAGGAUGGCGAAUAUACAGUUACAAUGGAAACUAUGAAAAUCUUUAAUAAGCCACGGGCCAUUAACCAAUGUCCGUAUGAAGAUAAACCGGUAUUAACGUACACGGUCGGGAGAACUGACGAAGAAAAUAUGGAACGCCAGAAGAGGAAAGAAAGAGCCAAGAGACGGCUGGAAAGAGAUCAACGGGCUUUCAUACAGAGCGCUUUCCACGACAUGUGUAAAGAAAUCUGUCUGAAGACGUACCAACAGGCGCUGGGCAUCUUGCCGUUUGCUGAAGAUCCAGCGUGCACUUGCUACCCUGAAGAAACGGAUCCCGAUAGAGUAGACCCGUCACAUUCAUGUUCGUGCACAGAAAGUACUAUGAGCUCUGGAUCCGCUACUGACGAUGAUGAAUGGAUUGUAGAGUUCACACCUCCAAACGCGUUCUUUAACCCAGCAAUCAAAAUUAAGAAACUAGUCAAAGUAGAUACUUCAACGCAAUAUACAUAUCUUGACUACAGAGUGAAACUUUUAGACAGAUUCGGUAACCCUGUUCCGAGAUUCUUCAUUGGCCCCGAUGGGAGACAACAAUGCAGCGAUCUAGGAGGUUUCUGGGGACCCGAUAAGAAAUGGCUAGAGAUUAAUUUUGACGGUUAUGUCGCGCCUGACGGCCGAUGGGCUCCGAACAACUUCAUAGGCCCAUGUGGGGAAACGGUAGACGCAGAAGCUGGGAAAUUCCAAGCUACAAACGGCGUGUGGCUGGUGGUGGGAAUAGACGGGUAUGUGGAUUGUAAAGGCCAAUGGCGCUUUUAUCCCAAACCGAGAGAGGUCAGUAAGGAUCCUAAAAAGAGUAGAAACGUGGAAGCGUGGAAGAAAGCUGGAGGUUGUAAAGAGGGAACAUGGAGUUGUUUCGGCGAUGCAUCGCCGAGGACUCUGUCGCAGAUGGGCAUAAUGGGGCAUGGUCAUGAUCGUAGGCUUUUAUUAUCUACACUGGAGAAAAUGAUGGCGCAGGGUGAGGAUGUCAGAGUACCGCAGACAUCACAAGUACCUAGACUGGGUAAGAGAAAAGCUAGAACACCUCGCGGUGAACAGAGCCGUAUGUUCACGGAUCGUAUGAAAUGUAAACAUAGCACGCCUUCAGAGAAGGGGAUCAUGGCUGUGGAUGAUCGUGGCCAUAAGACGUACUUUAGACUGAGGGAUCACAAGAACCCUCGACCUAAAGAUAGGCUGGUGACGCUGGGUAAAGAGGGCAUCAGUGUGAGUUCGUUCCACGUGCCUUGCUUCAGCUCGUUCAUCAGCAGCGAGGCGGCGCGCCAGCAACAGUACGAGCACAUUCUGCGACAUAACGAACGUAUCAUGCAGAGCACAGCCGCUCCAUACGGUUGGCGUCCGGGCGCAAUAUCCAAGCGACUGCUGCAAAAGUUAAACCAAGCCAAACUGAACAGGUCGAUUGUUGCGCGUAUCAAGCGUACAAAGAAGCUCAAGAAGCCCUCUUCUUCCGAGGAGAAGCCAACACUGAUUGUUGCCAAGAGGAACGGAGAAUACAUCGUCGAAAUGCAGACAUUUGAUGAAACUAGCGAAGGCAAAGAACCUUGCAAGCCUUUGAUAUACAAGAUUGCAAGUGCCAACAACGAAGAAAAGAUAAGGAAGCGAGAAUUAAAGACGCAGCGGUUGAUUGAUAAGACUGCAGAAAAAAUUUGGUCUGACCCCUAUCAUCCUGAAGUAUGUGAGACAACCUGCUUGAAAGCAUACAAGCAGGCGAUAGGUCUUCUUCCCUACGACCCUAACAAUCCGGAGUGCAUCUGUCCUGAAGAUAUGCAGUCGGAAGCCACUGAAGAGGAAGAGGUAGUCAGUUAUGAAGACGACAGUUCAGAUUGUAGCUCCUUGGACGUGGAUUGGGAAUUGCAUUUCACGCCUCCUGGAGCUAACAGAGUUUGA